ACUAUCAUUGAGUAAAAUGAUGGCUUCUACUCCGACUGCAAUGGAAGGUUCGACUUCGGAUGGUUCGUCUGGUAGUAAUAAUAGCAGUAAUAGUGGAGGCGCGGUAACUGCUGAAGUGAGAUAUAUUGAAGAAACACCUGUACAAAAAUUAAACGACGAAAUUGCACAACUUGGUAGUGUGAUAAGAAGAGAUAUUCCUCGUUCUUUUUCUUGUGGAGAAACACCUGUGAAUGCAGCCGUCAGUUCAAACAGUAGGAAGCGAAGAGACUCAGGAAACGAUGGAGAACUGUACAGAAGGUCGUUUGGUUCGAAAUACAAGGGUAGCAACUACAAGGGGCCAGACCUUUCCAAAUUAUUGCCUUUUGUGGAUGCUAGCGUUCCCAUUGUGAUAGAUGACGAACCAGCACCACCUGCAGCAGUAGCUGACGAUUAUGACGGUUGGAGCGCGUUGGUUGAUAGUUUCUACUCAGGGGUGGGGAAGACCAACAACAAGUUGUCUACUUCGUUAGGUGGGGGUUGUCGAAGAGGAAAAGGAGGAUCUUUGGCAGAGCGUUUUAAAGUACCUAUACUACGAAUACUGUUCCUUUCCAAGCUUGAUGGAAACUGUUUUGAUGGGACACAUUUAACGAGAUGGAUCAUAGCGAGAAAGCUGGAGCAUAGUAUUGAUUUGAUCGCUAUCUUGGGAUAUUCAAGUCAACAAAGUGAAUAUCCCGUAUCAUCAGUUGAGCUACAAGAACGAGCUAUCCAAGGAGACCUUUCUGUUAAUAUUAGUCUGUUAGAAGGUAUCUGUCCACGUGUAGUGUUCGUUCCAGGGCCGUAUGAUCCCAAUUUAUUUCGAGUUACUCGUUCCGCAAAUAAGACAAAAGAUCGUCGGUUGCAUUUGACGAACAAUAGCUAUCAUUUAUAUCGUCAUGGCUUAAAGUUAGCUGAUGACUUACUUUUGGUAGACCCUGCCUCAUUUCGACACGAUUAUCUAUCCAAUUAUCAACCUUUUUUGGUUUGUAAAGAUUGGAACAUUUGGAACUUUCAUGCAUUGCAUCGUUUAAGUGGACAAAUAAUUCCUUGGAAUGAACAAAAAGAAGGCAAUUUUCGCAAUUCUAUGGAAACACCAUUAUUGCAUGCCAACGAGAAAACACAGAAACAGAGUAGCUUAGAAAAUAAUGUAAAAAGAAAUGAAUUGGAAGAUAUUGGAAUAAUAGCAGUGAUGAGCUGUGAGAAGAAGCAAGGGUUUGUGUCAUUGGAUCCUAUUUGGGCUAACAUUUUAAAGCCUCGCUGUUUGUUUUGUGUUGAAUAUGGAAAUGAUGAACCGGAAAUAGUCUGGACUUGUCCAGAACAUAAACAAGCCAAUAUUUAUGCUGGAAAUUUUAGUAGAAAUGGUGAGUUUGUUAUGGUAGAGAUUACUCGUAGCUGGCAAUCUCCUUAUCGCUGGAUGAUUCAUUCUGUACAGAAAUUGAAAUUGUAACUGAUAAAUGAAUAUAUCUCAAUACAAGUUUUAAAUAAUG